UAGAACUGUCAUCCUUUUUUCUUACAAGCAACGAAUGCAACCUCAAUUCCAAAAUGCUGUUUUACUCUUUCUUCAGGUCGCUCGUAGGCCACCAAGUCGUGGUGGAACUGAAGAACGAUCUCAGCAUCUACGGUACCUUGGCGUUCGUGGAUCAGUACCUCAACAUCAAUUUGACCAGCAUUAGUACCACAGAGCCGUGUAAAUAUCCACAGCUGACGAACAUAAAGAGCUGCUUCGUCCGCGGCUCAGUAAUACGUUACAUGCAGUUGCCCGGCGAUGAGGUAGACACGCAAUUGCUGCACGAAGCUACUCGGAAGGAGAAUCAUUUUUAGGACCAGCUCCAAAUUUUUCAAUUAGGACAUGGGAGAUUAGGGAGGUGUGAACUAUUAAAGUUUAGGGCAAACAAAUCACGAAAUUGCUUCUUCAAUUAGCUUAAUAAUAUGCCCAGUCAUCUUUAUGUGGUUAUUUAUUAUUUAUUUGGCCGAGAGCAAGAAUUGAAUUACUAGAGCUUAGUUCUUUUCAUGCUUGUUCAUAUGACUGGUCGACCCGGCUUGUGCUUGAGCGCGAGCCUCAUUGAAAUCACGCUCUUGUCUUGCGGCUGGCAUGUUCCUUACAUUCCUGGCUGUUGGCCGUGCAAAGCCUUUAUCAGUGGACAAUGGUGCGCGUUCCAUAAAAAUAGACUGCCAAUAUG